GAAGCGGGCGGCCAUCUUGGAUGGUGUAGGGAGCAGCGCGGAGGAGGAGGGGGGAAACAGCAGAGCGGGCAUAAUAUCGCAACCUCCAUGUACAUAUGCACCGUUCAAGAUCACCGGCCUCUAAACAACUUGGGUCCCGAAGUCCUGCACUCCCGGCUCGUGAAGCGUAUCUCUCUGGAGCCUCGCCCCUGUGACAUCUCCCCUCAGCCGGGGCCUGUGAACCUGGUGGUCUCCGCCGGUUUGUCGGGCGGCCCCAGACCCUUACUAUUUCCCUAGGUUACAUGUUUGCACUUUAUUUGUAUAUAAACGAUGGAAACCGUGAUCUAGGACCAACUCGAGCACCCCAGACUAGGAACUCUAAGUUAUGUGUAUAUAAUGAGCUCAGGGGGCACUGGAGGGUGUAUACAGCGGUGAAGGACUGGCAGACUCCAGGACAGCUCGAUGAUCUGAGCGUCUCAUCAGUAGACUCGUCCAGAACCAACAUCUUUCUCACUUCCCCCUAUUGCUAAAGGUGCUCAAAAGUGAUUACAAUGUCCACCAGAACGCCCCUUCCCACGGUGAAUGAACGGGACACGGAAAAUCACACAUCUCAUGGAGAUGGUCGUCAAGAUGUUCCUGCACGACCUGGGCGUUCAGGAGCACGCUGUAGAAAUUCUAUAGCAUCUUGCGCUGAUGACCAACCACACAUUGGAAAUUACAGGCUUCUUAAAACGAUAGGCAAAGGUAACUUUGCUAAAGUAAAACUGGCCCGGCAUAUUCUCACAGGCAGAGAGGUGGCAAUAAAAAUAAUUGACAAAACGCAAUUAAACCCAACUAGUCUACAAAAGCUCUUCAGAGAAGUACGAAUAAUGAAGAUUUUAAAUCAUCCGAAUAUAGUUAAAUUAUUUGAAGUAAUUGAAACAGAAAAGACGCUCUACUUAAUAAUGGAAUAUGCAAGCGGGGGGGAAGUGUUUGACUAUUUGGUUGCACAUGGAAGAAUGAAGGAAAAAGAAGCUAGGUCAAAAUUUCGUCAGAUAGUAUCUGCAGUGCAAUAUUGUCAUCAGAAACAUAUUGUUCAUAGAGAUCUAAAGGCAGAAAAUCUUCUAUUGGAUGCAGAUAUGAAUAUAAAAAUAGCGGACUUUGGCUUUAGCAAUGAGUUUACAGUUGGCAACAAACUGGACACAUUCUGUGGAAGCCCACCGUAUGCUGCCCCAGAACUCUUCCAGGGAAAGAAAUAUGAUGGUCCAGAGGUUGAUGUAUGGAGCUUAGGGGUCAUUUUAUACACUCUUGUGAGUGGAUCUCUACCCUUUGAUGGACAAAAUUUAAAGGAAUUAAGGGAAAGAGUGCUUAGAGGAAAAUACCGAAUCCCUUUCUAUAUGUCCACAGACUGUGAAAACCUUCUUAAACGUUUCUUGGUGCUAAAUCCAACCAAAAGAGGCACUCUAGAGCAAAUUAUGAAGGACAGAUGGAUAAAUGCAGGGCAUGAAGAGGAUGAACUGAAGCCAUUUGUUGAACCAGAACUAGAUAUCGCUGAUCAGAAACGAAUAGAUAUAAUGGUAGGAAUGGGAUAUUCAAGGGAAGAGAUUCAAGAAUCUCUUAGCAAGAUGAAAUAUGAUGAGAUUACUGCAACAUACUUGUUGCUUGGGCGGAAAUCUUCAGAGCUGGAUGCAAGCGAUUCAAGCUCUAGUAGCAAUCUGUCACUUGCUAAAGUCAGGCCAAGUAGUGACCUAAACAAUAGCACUGGACAAUCCCCUCAUCACAAAGCGCAACGCAGUAUCUCUUCCAGCCAAAAACCCAGACGGUACAGUGAUCACGCGAAUCCUGCUAUCCCCCCUGCAUCCGCUUAUCCAAAACGGAGCCAAACCAGUACAACAGAUAAUGACUUGAAGGAAGAAGGGGUACAGCCUAGGAAGUCCACCAGUGCUGUGAGUGGAAGAGGAGUCACUCCUCCCAGCCCCAUGCUUGGAAAUGCCAACAAUCCAAAUAAGGCCGAUAUCCCAGAACGGAAGAAGAGUUCCGUUGUCCCUAGUAGCAAUUCUACAUCCAGCGGAAUGUCCCGUCGCAAUACUUAUGUGUGCAGUGAGAGAGCUACGACAGACAGGCAUUCAGUCAUUCAAAACGGCAAAGAAAACAGCACAAUCCCUGAGCAAAGGACUUCAGUGGCUUCAACCCACAGUAUAACCAGCACCACUACACCAGACCGUAUGCGCUUCCCAAGAGGAUCAGCCAUCAGAAGCACUUUUCAUGGCCAGCUCAGAGAGCGGCGCACAGCUACUUACAACGGACCACCAGCUUCACCCAGUUUAUCUCAUGAAGCAACUCCUCUGUCACAAACUCGAAGUAGAGGCUCCUCUAACCUUUUUAGUAAAUUAACUUCAAAAUUAACUAGAAGAAACAUGUCAUUCAGAUUUAUAAAAAGGCUCCCGACCGAAUCUGAGAGAAACGGGAGAUAUGAGGGCUCAAGUCGUAAUGUGUCAGGGGACCAGAAAGAUGAAAAUAAAGAAUCGAAGCCAAGGUCGCUGCGUUUUACUUGGAGCAUGAAAACCACGAGUUCCAUGGACCCGAAUGACAUGAUGCGGGAGAUCCGCAAGGUUCUGGAUGCCAAUAAUUGUGACUAUGAACAGAGAGAGCGUUUCUUGCUCUUUUGUGUCCAUGGAGAUGGGCAUGCAGAAAACCUUGUCCAGUGGGAGAUGGAAGUGUGCAAACUCCCAAGACUCUCUCUAAAUGGUGUUCGCUUCAAGCGAAUAUCUGGAACAUCUAUAGCUUUCAAAAACAUUGCUUCCAAAAUUGCCAACGAGUUAAAGCUGUAAAAUAGACGAGCAAUCAAAUUGUAAAUUACAUAGCAAAUUCAAAGUGUUUUCAUGAGAACACUGGUUGUAAUGUAUAGAACUAUAGGCAAUAAUUCCUGCAUCUCCUCAAUUAUGAUAUUACAAAUAUGGAAAUGGAACAAGCUGCUGAGAUGAAAGGAAGAGUCGGACUUUUUUUAUAUAUAUAUAUAUAUAUAAGUGCACUACAGCAUUAAAGUUGCCUACCAUGUAAAUUAUUUACUACUGCUUAUUUUCUGUGCUCUCUCCAUGACAAUGUUAUCCAUAUAAUAUAUUCCCUUAUUGAUAUGCAUCCUGUAUGUGUGGGCAAGUAUGGAUGUCAGUUUGAGUUGAUCAUGUAGUAUUAUAAAUUGCUAUUUAAUGGCUUAUAUUUAACUCAGCGAUUUACUAGGUAUCUGAAAUCAAUUUUUUUUUUUUUUAAUACAAUGUUUUUUUUCAUACUUUGUUUUUUUUUUGUUUUUUUGUUUUUUUUUAUGUUAAAAAAGAAAACAAGCCUCUUUGGAAUUUGUAUUUGCAUUAAUUUCAUAUGUUCUGUUCUAAAUUAGUCAAUUUAUGUCAUACAUGAGGAAAAAAGAUCUAGUCACAAGUUUGAUAACUGUAAUGACCUGAUAGAAUUGAGCUGGCCAGCAAUUAAAAUGUGUCCAUGCUAAAGAAAUCUACAA